CUGAUAAGCUAAUACACAAGUUUGUGGGCAGUAUUGUCAGAAACAUGGAAGAUCCUCAUGAACAGAACAAGGGAAUUUUGAAAGCAUUAGAAACUGUUGCAAAGAAAGGUCUUGAUUCAUUGGAUUUGAACAUAAAUGGCAUUCAAAAAAUUCCGAGAGGAUUAGGUGAACUCAAUCUUUCUCAUCUGAAAUAUUUUUAUCUACAAGGUAAUAACAUUUCCUUCUUACCAGAUGAGUUUUUUCCCAGUCUUCAAAAUCUGGUGUGGCUUGAUCUGAGAGACAACAAACUUCAUGAAAUUCCACAGAACAUUGGAGAGCACAGGAAUAUAAAGACAUUGUUGUUAGGGAGAAAUCAGCUCAAAUUUCUCCCAUUGGAGUUAGGAGUCAUUAGGACACUAACAGGGCUAAAUUUAUCAAAUAACCCUCUCAAAGAGCCUCCACAUAGUGUGGUUGAAAGGGGAGUUCAUGCCAUUAAGCACUAUCUAUUGAUUAAGCUUGGGGUGAAUCCAGAAAACUUUAAAUAUGAUGCAACUGAAUCAAAAUACCACAGGACAGAGAGUGGAUCAGAUAGCUCACAUACAGUAAAUGUGGAAAAGAAAAAUAACUGCAGGGAUGGCAUAGAUAUCUUACAGAUGGCGGAUGGUAGCAUUCUUGAUAAUAGUAAUCAGGGUACAUCAAAGGUAGUUUGCCCAAGGGAAGCCAUGGCCUAUUAUGGGGCACUGCUUGGCAACAUUCCAAAAUCCUACAUCUUUAAACCAUGGAAGACAGGAGUCUUUUUCAAAAAAGAAGAGAUGGGGAUUGAUCCCUCACUGAAAAAUUGUGACAAAGACAACAAUGAAAAACAGUGACUCAUUUAUAUGGUUAUUGACCUUAUGGAAGACAGACUUACCAUGUAAUGUGUGUCAACAUGGUGCAAUGUUCAAAACCCUUUGUGACAAAAAUUUAUAAAAGUAGGAACUGGUUUGGGUUUUGGCAAGUGCAGUCAAAACUGUCACUAGCUGUGAAGUCAAAAAAGGGUAGACUAAAGUUGUGUUUUUUAUUAUAUUACUGAAUGUAAAUCAACUGAUCUAGAAAAUCACAUGAAUCAAAAAAUAAAAAAAAAUAGUGUA